UUGUGCGACAGGCCGCGGCUCGAGCGGGGCCUCACUCAACUAGAAAAACGGUGUGGCACCAGGUAACGGGUGCGGAGAGACACACGGAACCACGGGACGCCCGCGCACCGGUUCCCACAGUAACGGCCGAACCGACAAGGACAGACUGGCGGCUUGAAACGGCGCAGAAGACACAAAAACAGAAGCCGUGCAUGUGGAGAGCGGUUUGUUGGCAGCCAACGAGCAGAGCAGCUAACCGUCGUUAGCGGGCUAGCCAGCUUUUGUAAUCUGCCGGCCAGACUCAUAUUCGUCCACCGCAAACCAGGCCGAAACCGGAUCCAGAAGUCAAGCUGUACGACAAGCGAAAGGACAAAGAAGGCACCGGCGGUGGCAGGAGGCUGGUUCUGGGGGCGAGGCCAAAGGACCAGACUCAAUGAGUUUCCAGCGAAAUGUCCGAGAAGUCAGGGCAGAGCACCAAGGCAAAGGAUGGCAAAACAAAGUAUGCAACCCUUAGCCUCUUCAACACCUAUAAGGGCAAAUCUCUGGAAACCCAGAAAACUGCAGUGGCAGCCAGACAUGGGCUCCAGAGUUUGGGCAAAGUUGCUGUCAGCCGGCGUAUGCCCCCUCCGGCCAACCUGCCCAGCCUGAAGGCAGAGAACAAGGGAAACGACCCCAACGUCAACAUUGUCCCCAAAGACGGUAGUGGCUGGGCAUCCCGAUCUGAGGGAGGGGAAGAGAGGCAACAGGAGACCCCCCCACCCCAGAACAAACCAGCAGUGCUCCAGUCACAAGAGCUUUCUAUUGGGGGCAGUCGUUCCUGGGCCAACAGCAAGCAGACACAGCCAGACGGAGCUCCUCGUGUGAGCAGCCAUUUUCACCAGGAGUUUCCCAGCUUGCAGGCGGCUGGUGAGGUCGAGAAAGACGGUCAAGAGGAGGAGCCUUAUGGACCAGGCCCCAGCCUCAGACCUCAAAAUGUUGGCAGUUGGCGUGAAGGUGGAGGCAGGAAUUUAAACACUGCACCCAGCCCCCCUGAGAUGGAGAACAGGGCUCCAGAGGAGGGUAGUACGGCCCCUGGUACCUCUUCACCUCCUGAAGAAGCUGAUGAGCCUGGACGAAAUGUAACCACUGACGGCCAGAAGGAGAAGAGGGAUGGCAGGGAGAGGUUGCCCCCCUCUGCCCCUCCUCAGCCUAAACUUAAUGGGGGGCAGCAGCCUCCUGCUGGGGUGCCAACACACUUCGACCCCGCUUUCAGGAGCAUGAUGCCACCCUACAUGUUCCACGCCUAUCCUCAAAUGACUUUUGGCCCAGGGCAAGCAAACUUCAGAUACCCUGUACCACAAGAUGGAGCAAAGAUGAUCAGGGGUCCUCGCUCAGCACGACCCCAGCAGCCGCCCCCUCAGUCCUGGCUCCAGGACCCAGAUAGACCCUCUAUCAUUAGCGCCACAGAACUGAAGGAGCUGGACAACUUAGACACUGAUGCUGAUGAGGGCUGGGCAGGAGCUCAGAUGGAGGUGGACUACACUGAGAAACUAAACUUCAGCGAUGAUGAGGAGAACCAAGCUGCUAAAGACAAAGGAGAAAACUGGGAAUGGAUGGGUAAAGUGGAUCGUAUAAGAUCACGGCCACCAGACAGUCAGGAAGGCUGGAAGGAGGGGUCUGAGGAUCGUGGAGGCAGUAAAACGUCAUGGGCCGACAGCGUAGAUCCAAGAGCGCCUUCACCUGGCAGUAUGGGGCAGUACAAUAAAGCAGCUGCUCCACAGGACUACCAGGGUGGCGGUCGUUCUGUUGUUGCUGGGGCUCCACGUGGGAGCAAACCAUCGGCUACAGCGGCACCUGGUGCCGAUGAGGACUCUGAGGCCUGGCGACAGAAGCGCAAGAAGCCUUCAGACGUUUCUGAAGCUGUAGAGCGAGCAAGAAGGAGGAGAGAGGAAGAGGAACGGCGGAUGGAAGAACAGCGGCUUGCUGCUUGUGCUGAAAAACUUAAACGUCUCAAUGAAAAACACCGCCAGGCAACUGAGGGCAAAUCUUCCCCAGCUCUGACCACCAACGAUGAGGCAGGAGCUGCCCAUGAAGAAGCUUCCUCGUCAGCUCCUGCUCCUGCAUCCAGUCCUGUACCUUCAAUCCCAGUUUCACAAUCACCGGCCCCAAUCAUGCAAGCUCCUCUACCCGAGAGGGUGGAUCGAGACAGGGAGAGGAUUGAGCGAGAAAGAGAGAGAGUCGAACCAAAUGUAGAGGAGGAGGUUCACUUGCCUCGUCAACCCGGCUCCCCAGUCCAGCGACCUGUGGCCAAAGCUCCAGAGCCGCAGAGCGAAGGAGAGAGCACCUUGGCUGAGGUCGGCCCCUUGACGGAGGAAAACCAGGCUGACAGGACAACAGUGCCUAUUCGAGACUAUUUCAACAUAGAGGACAGCAGAGUGGAUGAGCCCCACCUGCCGAUACCUCACAUGGACACCCCCAGUGGUGAGGAAGUCCCUGUGGCACCACCACAACUGGAGGGAGAAGCAGCAGCUGCUAUACGUCCCUCACUCACCUCAGGCUAUUCCAAACAGUUUCAGAAAUCUCUGCCGCCUCGCUUCCUCAGACAGCAGGAGCAGAUGAAGCAGCAACAAUGGCAACAACAGCAACAGCAGAGUGGGGGCUCCGUGUCACCAUCAGGUGGUGGUGGAGUUCCAGCUACCCAACAACAACAGCAGCAGCAGCAGCAACAGCAGCAGCAACACCGCUCCAUGUAUCAACCCAUGGGCCCCCAUCACCAGCACCUGGCCUCCAUGGGGUUUGACCCCCGCUGGCUCAUGAUGCAGUCCUACAUGGACCCCCGCAUGAUGUCUGGACGUCCUCCCAUGGAUAUGCCAGCUAACAUUCACCCUGGGAGGAUGCCCCCUAAGCAGAUUGUGCGCAGAGAGCCAGGUGACAACUCCAGCUCUAGCUCUGACUCCUUUGACCACUUGACGCGACCAAUUCGUGACCAUGGCCUGCCCUCAGACUCAAGGAUGGUAUGGGGAUCUGACCCAUACCCACAGUCAGAACCAUUACCGUCUGUAACUCCACCAAAAGGACGGGAAGAUAACAAGGAGCCGAGGAUGGAGUCUGGUUUGGAUCUAGACAGGGGUCUCCCAGCUAUGUACCCCCAGGACCACAGUGCAUUGGACUCUCGUAAAAGUAACUUCUUUCGGGACCCCACAGAGUCCCUGUCUGCGUUUUCCCAGGGCCCAGAGGAUGUGCCGGGGCCUUUAGAUAGAGUCCCUGUUGGCUCAGGCUUUGAUCCUGAGGAGUCAGGCCUACCAAGUGGGGAAGAGGUAGAAGCUCUAGGUCAAGCUAUGCUCCAGAGGAGUGUCUCCCAAGGCUCGAGCCACUCCCUCAAGCUGGAUGAGCCCAGGUUUGAUGGGCUACCUCUGGGAACAAAAUCACUAGAGCUUCAGGACACAGUGGAUAGGGCUGAGGAUAAGCCUCAGUAUGAGCUCUACUCACAGGCUGCAGUGACCAGCAACAGGGCAACACCCCCUGCUGAUGGACUCCACAAACAAGAGAAGCUGCCUCUGCCGGCACCUAGCAAGCAGAAAGCUGAUCUGCGCUGGGGUGGGAGAUCUAGCACUGGGCGUAGAGAAGGACCAGGAGGAGAGAGACCUGUCCGCAGGUCUGGGCCAAUAAAAAAGCCUGUCCUAAGGGACAUGAAAGAAGAGAGGGAGCAAAGAGAGGAGAGAGAAAAGCGUCACGAGAGAGGGGAAAGAGGAGAAAGGACCAAAAAAGAUCAGUCCUCUAAAGCUCCUUCUGCAGCUGCUGCUGUGUCUGAGGGCUCCAGACCUCAGGGUGAGGGGAAGAGAGAAACUCCUGAGGCUGAGGAAACUCAGACUGGCCUUCAGAGAGCCAGAGACUCCCAGCCUUCCUCUGGGGCUCCCACCUCUUCCUCUCAGGAGGAGAAAGCAGACAAACCUCCCAGCAACGACAAACAUCCAGAACCCAAACUGCCCUCCAGGAAAGAGUCCAAUCUACCUCCGCGUGCCUACCGACGAGAAGAGAGAGAAAGGGAACGUGAGAGGGAGAAGGAAAUGGACAAGGACAGAGAAAGAGAGUGGCCUGCUGACUCAAGUUUCAAAGGACGUGGUCGAGGAGAGUAUUACUCCAGAGGACGGAGCUACAGGGGGACAUACAGUGGCCGAGGCAGGGGUAGUCGUGGUCGAAGCCGGCCAGAGUACCCUUACCGAGAACCUCGAUCACGGUCUGACUUACCUUCUGCUGGUGGUGCUGCUGCCUUUCGUAACAGGGAGGAAAGUGAGACUCGCAGUGAGAGUUCAGACUUUGAGGUUAUACCGAAACGCAGACGACGCCGUGGCUCGGACACAGAUUCUGAAAGUGAAGGUGGGAGGGAGUCUGCUAGUGAUACUGGACCUUCUGAUCGUGAGCCUAGCACGAAACCUAGCCGUCCACUGAGACGUGAGCUCCCCGGGGAGGCCCGGUCUGGCCCACACAAGCCAGGCUUUGGACCUCCUCACAUGGGGGAAAAGGUUGGUUCUAGAGGGGAUGAUGAAGGCAGACCCAAGCCAGGAUUUCUCCCUAAAGGAGAGCCUUCACGGCGAGGAAGAGGAGGAUUAUACAGUAGACGAGGUGGCCAAAGGGAACGUGGAGGCCCUCGUUCAGCCCCUCUUAGACGACCAGCAGCCAGAGAUUCUUCUUCUCAGUGGCCCUCUAAACCCAUGGAGACAUUCAGGCCUGAAGACACAGAGUCCACAUCAAGAUAUGACAAUCCUCCAGCUGACCGACGGCCACCUAAGUCUGAUGGCAAGAAAUUUGGGGACGGGGCUCCUCAGAGUAGCAGAGAAAGGCCUCGUCGAUCCAGACCAGCACGACCCCCCAGGCAAGAUAAACCUCCCCGCUUCCGGCGGCUGAAGGAGCGGGAGGCUGCAGUGUUAGCUAGUGGAGAGGCCCCAAGUCCCCCUGUCCCUCUACCCCCAGUGCCUGCUGCUGCUGUCCCUAAUUCUGCCCCAGCCAAAAUCUCCCUCUCCCCUACCCUGUCUAGAGCUCCAGGAACCCCUGUAACUAUGCCUGCGGAAGUGGCAGCCACUAUGCCCGCACCGAACUUACCCUCUCCUAUAGAAGCACCCUUGCCUGAGACUAGCAGCCCCACCAUCACUGCAGUCGGCACCAAAUCCCCUGACUUGUCCAACCAGAACUCCUCAGAUCAAGCCAACGAGGAAUGGGAAACUGCCUCUGAGAGCAGUGACUUCAACGAAAGGAGAGAACGAGAAGAGAGGAAAGGAGCACUGGAAGCUGCAAAUGAAGCAGCCACUGCUUCUGCCCCUGCUCCUGCACCCUCUCAGGGCUCUUUAACACCCAGUAAAAGCCCCCCUGAUGGAGGGGUGACUCCAAAACGUGAAGGACCUCCUACAGCCAAGAGAAGUUUCUCAAGUCAGAGGCCUACAGAGAGACAGAAUCGUAGAGGCAACAGUGGAGCCAAACCAGGCCGCAGCUACGCAGGGGGCAAGGGGGAGAGGAGGGGAGGGGCCAAAGGCGGCCGCAAAGGCCCUUCAGCUCAGCAAAACUCAGAGGGGACAGCACCAGCUGGAGGAGCAGCUCAAAGACCUACAAAGGAUCAGUCUGCCCGUCGCAAAGAUGAGGCCAAGCAGGCUGCUAAGAAGCCCAAAGAGAAUGCUCUUUCUCAGUUUGAUCUCAAUAAUUAUGCCAGUGUUGUGAUCAUUGAUGAUCACCCAGAGGUCACCACCACAGAGGACCCACAGUCCAGCACCAACGAUGAUGGUUUCACAGAAGUGGUCUCCCGAAAGCAACAGAAACGCCUGCAGGAUGAAGAGAAAAGGAAAAAGGAAGAGCAGACGACUCAGAACUGGGGUAAAAAAGGCUCUGGUGACAAGAGCAGAGGAGGUGGAGGAAAGCUGCCACCAAGAUUUGCUAAAAAACAGUCAUCACAACAGCAACAACAACAACAACAGCAGCAGCAGCAGCAGCAGCAGCAACAACAGCAGCAGCAGCAGCAACAACAACAACAGGCCUCACAGUCUCAGCCUCCUGUAGCCUCCACCCCCCAGGCCCAACAGCAACCCCCCAUUUCUGCCCCCCAGCAUCCUCACCUUGCUCCCUCCCAACCUGCUGCAUCCCCUCAAACUCUGGAAGGAACGGUGGCUCCUCUGUCCUCCAUCCCCCCUGCCACUGUGGACUUUACCUCAAAGAGCCUACCCCCUGCAUCUACGCAGACACACAGCACUCUGGGUACAGAGCUGUGGGAGAACAAGGUAGCAGGCUCCACCGUCCUUUCCGACGUCAAGAAGCUUGGUCCAAUCAGCCCUCCCCAGCCACCUUCUGUGAGUGCCUGGAACAAACCUCUUACCUCCUUUACUGGCACUGUCUCCUCUGAGGGUGUGAAGCCUGGAUCAGAGGGCAGUGUAGAAUUGGCAAUAGACAGUAUUCAGUUUGGAGCACCAUCAUCUGCAGGCAGCACCGACAGUGAUGGAGUUCCAGCAAUGCUAGAAACUGGCUCCGACAACAAAUUACCUGCUCCCAAAGAACAGAGACAGAAACAACCUCGCGCUGGCCCAAUCAAAACACAGAAGCUCCCUGAGAUGGAACCAGUGGAAACCAAGGAGUACAAGCCAGGUCCCAUUGGUAAGGAGCGCUCUCUAAAGAAUCGCAAGGCCAAAGACGCACGUGGAGGAGAAGGCGAGGGGAUGGAGGGAGGAGUAACCGGAGGAGGCGUCAGCAGAGCCACAGAAUCCAGUCCUCCCAUCAGUGACACCACAGUACCAGAGUUGGGAGGAGACAUCGAGGGCAUGAUCACAGUCCCCUCAGCAGAGUACACCAGUAACUCUAAGGAGUCCGUAACAGACUACACCACUCCCUCCUCAUCGCUGGCUGACAGUGUUCCAACAGGAGGCAACAAAAUGGAAGAGAGUUUGGUAGCCAAUGUGGCAUUACCACAUUCGUUGCCCCUUCCUCGGCGAGAGACCCUGCAGCAGAGCUCCAGUCUAAGCACGGUCUCUCCUGCUACUGUUGACCUAACUCUUAAGAUGGAAUCGGCUCGCAAAGCGUGGGAGAACUCCCCGAGUCUGGAGAAGAAUUCUCCGGUCACCUCCUCUUCCUCCCCCAUCACCUCCUGUGCAUCCUCGUACUCCACCUUCUCCUCGGCCUCCAUGCCACAGAUCCCUGUGGCUUCUGUCACCCCCAGCACCUCACUGACAGGUUCUGGUACCUAUACGACAUCAUCCCUUGGCACCAAGACCACCACGGCCUCUGACCCUCCUAACAUCUGUAAGGUGAAGCCCCAGCAGCUGCAGGGUGGAAGCCUGUCCUCCUCCAGCAGUAGCAGUAGCAGCAGCUUCUCUCAGCUGGGCUGUGUGCCUCCCCUACUGCCCCAGCAGCAGACCCCUCAGGUGUACGUCUCCCAGUCUGCAGCAGGUUCUGCAGCUCAGAUUCCAGCCUUCUACAUGGACACUAGCCACCUCUUCAGUACGCCCCACCCUCGCUUGGCUCCUCCCUCCUUGGCGCAGCAGCAAGGCUUCCAGCCCGGCCUGUCGCAGCCAACAGCAGUGCAGCAGAUUCCCAUCCCUAUCUACGCUCCACUGCAAGGUCAGCCUCAGCACCAACACACACACCAGGCCCAGCUAGGACUCAGCACUGGUCCUCCAGUCUCCCAGCCACAGGACUUGUUCAACUCUUCACUGCAGCCUUACAGGUCUCAGCAGGCGUUCAUGCAGAGCAGCCUGUCACAGCCCUCCAUGAUGCUGUCAGGACCAUCAUUGCACAGCUAUCCUGGCGUGCAAGCACCUGAGCUGGGCAAGCCUCAGUCCAGUCUGGCCUAUCAGCAGCCUUCCUCCACCCAGCACAUUCCCAUUCUGUUUGAGCCCCAGCUCAACCAGCCAUCUGGCAUGGGAGGCUCCCAGCUCAUUGACACACACCUGCUUCAGGCUCGACAGGGGAUGAAUCAGCAUUCAAACAUGUACUCAGGGCAGGUGCAACAACAUGGCCAGAGUAGCUACUACAGCAACACCCAAUCGCCCAGUUCAGCAAUGCAACAGGUGACGGUCCCUCUGCCUGGUUCCCAGCUGUCCCUGCCAAACUUUGGCUCGGGUGGAGGUCAGCCCCUCCUGGCACUGCCUCCCACUCCUCCCCAGGCACAGCCCCCCAACAUGAACCGACAGCCCCCAGUCUCCCAGCCGUACCGAGGGAUCAUGGGCCCCAACCACAACAUGAUGCAGCCUCCCACCAGCAAGAUGGACAUGGAUCUGAAACUCUUUGGCACUGGGAUGGAUGUGAAGCCUGGAACCCCACCUGUCAGCGCCAGGAGCACUACACCCACCUCUAGCCCUUACAGGGCCAGCUCCACCUCCCCUUGUAGCCAGUCCAGUAAGAUGAACAGCAUGCUGUACCAGAAGCAGUUUCAGCCCAGCUCUGCCGGCAUGAGAAUGACGCAGCACUUCCCUGGCCAGUUCAACCCACAGAUUCUGUCUCAGCCCAACAUCGUCUCUCCUCUGGUUCGACCUCCUCACGCUAACUCAUUUGCUGGAGGUGUCCAGCGCUCUGCCAUGGGCCCUCCGAUGUCACCCAAUGUGGGUGGCGGUCUGAUGCCUCAUCCCAGACCCCAGCACCCACAGCACAGCCAGCACCCUCCCCGAGGACCACCUGGUCCCUCACUGGGACCCAGAGGCACACAGGCGGCUCUGAAGGCUGAACAGGACCUAAAGGCAAAGCAGCGGGCUGAGGUGCUGCAGUCCACUCAUAAGUUCUUCUCAGAGCAGCAACAGCAGCAGCAGCAACAACAACAACAACAACAACAACAGCAGCAACUCAAGGCCCCGCAAGUUAGCAAAGCAUCUCGGCUUGAUCAGGGAGGAAAGCCUCCCCUCGACACCUCAGCGCCAAACCACCAGACAGGGAGCGAGCGCCCAGAUUCUGACAAACCCCCCAUCUCCACAGCCAAGCCCAUACGGACUGGCCCCAUAAAACCGCAGGCCAUCAAACCAGAAGAGGGCAAGUAAAGAGCUGCACACCCUCUACAGAUGACAAUAUGAAUGGAUGGAAGAGAGGAAGAGAGCCCCAUUCACUCAGUCACCUCCUCAUAUCAGCCCUGGGGGACAGUGUGGGGGGGGAGGAGGAUGGGUGGGAUGGGUAGAGAUCCAGAUGGUAAUGGUUUCUGAGAGUAGACGCUGUCCUGCGUAUACAUAAUCCUCUUCCUCUUCUUUCUUCCCGUCUUGUCCCACUGUAGGUGGGGGCGUUUGAGUUGGAUUCUUCCAUCAUAUUUAGAUGCCGAUAAAAUGGCUGCACAAGUUGUUCCAUAGAAAAUCUACUGUGACGGUAGAUAAAGAGGAGAGCUGGAGAGAAAAAAAAUUGAAAUGAGAUUUGCUGCUGAGUUUGCCAUUUUUAUAGCUCUUCAUUUCUGCUCCUUUUUUAAUCCCCCCCCCCUCCAAAUAGGAUCACGCAUAUUAUAGGAGAAACAUGUUUUGUUAACGAAAGAAUGAAUCAGUUUUGUUUCUGUAGUCAAAACAAUCUUGUUAAGAUGUCAUUUAGUGAAGCACACUUUUUGUUGCCCAAUCUCCCGUCAUAACUAAUCCAGAGAAUUGUGCACGUGGAAAUGCUCUUGCACCUCAUGACCACACGCACGCACUCGCUCAACGGUUUCAUCCACGGUUACCAAAUGGAGACAUGAAAUCAGAAAUUCUGUUGUUUUGUUCCUUUUUUGUUUGACCAGAAUUGAAAUGUGAAAAUUGCAGCAGUUGAUUGAGUUUAAUGAUUGAUUUUAUUGAUUAGUCUGCCUGUGAGCCUUUGCUCCUGCCUUCUGCUCUCAUCUCCUUGCCUGAGAAUUACUGAUGUGUUGGGGUGUGUGUGUCAGGUGUGUGUUUGUGACAUAAACAGGGGGGGAAAAGCUUGUAAGCUGGACUCUCCUGUAUAUAUUUAGCCAAAGGUUAAAGCAGCGCAGAGAUGAUGUCACAGCCUUUAGGAUUGCUGUUGCCGUGGCGGCAGAGUUUUGAUUGGACUGAACAGAAUUACGCGGAAAUGAUCACUACUUUAAAGCAGUUCCAGUUUAGGGGCUACUGUCACACACCCUCUCACCGCUUUCACACCCAUCCUUGCUGUCACACACAAACACACAUGUAUACACACUUCACUGUAAAGCACCCAGACCUGCUGCUAUUGACUGAUUUCAGUGCCCUUAGCUAGAAUAUAGCAGGAUAGGGCUAUUUAGAGGAAUAGAAACGAUGAGGAGUUGAUUGUUGAAACAGUAGAAAAACACGAGUGUGUGUAUAUGUCAACCCUCACAACGAGGGGGAACAAGAACAGGACCGAGAACGACAAAAAAAGAUGAAAUGAGAAGCCUCAAGUUCUGAAGCAUUUGGGCAGAAGGACACUUAUUGUUUUGUUGUCUUUAUUGAUGAGAGCAAUCAGUGCUGUUUUCUGUCUCUGCCUCACCUCCGCUGGCUGUCCCACCCACAAUGCUCUCAUCUCGGGGUUGUGGCGACAAGGGUCCUUCAGAAAUGUACAGUAGUAUGCACCCUGAGGUGGGGAGGACGUCUUCCUCACCUCUGCCCUAGCCGGGGGAAGAGUCCUUGCUUUGGAGGAUGGAUGAGGGAGGGAGGGUAAUGAUUUUUUUUUCUUUUUUUUUUUUUUUUUGUUUUGUUUUUUUUUUGUUGUUGUACUUGUACAGGGGUUUCAUCGAUUAAAAUAUGUACGGUCUUAUUUACAUUCUCUUGGUUUGGUUACAGAAACUAAUAAAAAUAAUAUACUGUUGA